AGAUUUUCUGAAUUUGAUGUAACUCCGGAACUAAAGAGUCCGUAUGUUUGUUUCCGCCCGGACAGUGUAAAAGACGAACUAAACACCUCAGCGUGAGCAGAAGACGCUUCAAAACUCAACUUUCUGAGCCGUCGCUGCCUCAGUGACCACGCGGCUGUUUCUUUUGUUUCGAGCUCGGUUUCCCGUGUUGUUGUAGUCGGUUGUUUCUGAGUUAGUUCAUCACGUGUUGCGCGCGGCGAGGAGCAACCGGAACCACAGCAACUGUCCGGCUAACGAGCCGCCAUGCUCCUGGUGGACCCGGGUCUGUACGUCGGCACGGCGACCGACCUCGAUGACGGCCGGGCGCUGUCCGACGCGGCCGUCUCUCACAUCCUGUCCGUGGACUCUGUGGACCCCGCCCUGCUGGUUCCUGCUGAUGGGGGCUUCCGCAGGAAGUGGGUCAAUGUUCUGGACGAGCCGACCUCUGACCUCUUGAGUCACAUGGACAACUGCUUCCUGUUUAUUCGGGAGGCCGUUGAGGAAGGCGGAGCUACACUUGUUCAUUGUCAGGCCGGUCGGAGUCGCAGUGCCACCAUCAUUACUGCUUAUCUGAUGAAGAGAUACCAGCUGGGCUUCACUGAGGCGUACCACAGGCUGAAGGCCAUCAAACCGGACGUACAGGUGAACCCUGGCUUUGAGGAGCAGCUGUGUAUGUACGAGGCGCUGCAGUGUGAGCUGGACACCUCCAGUCCUCUGUACAAACAGUACCGGCUGACCAAGAUCACAGAGAAGUACCCAGAGUUGAAGCACGUCCCCAGGGAGCUGGUUGCCGUCGACCCCGCCCUCUCCAGCUCCUCCGAGGCGUCCUAUCGCUGCAGGAAGUGCAGACGUGCUCUGUUCCGUGGCUCCAGUAUUCUCAGUCACCCAGUGGGAGAAGGAGCGCCAGCCUUUGGUUACGUGAAGUCCUACACACACACGGGAGACGUCCAGUGCACGUCUUACUUCAUCGAACCUGUGCAGUGGAUGGGAGAGGCUCUACUGGGAGUGAUGGACGGACAGUCAGGCGCCAGAAGCCUCCUGUGGCUGGGCGAGCCAGGCGCCAUGGAGUACACGGAGUCUGAGAGUCUGGAGCUCUGGCACUUUGUGCCGGGCGACACGUUCCUGAAUCGACACGCUUACUUCCCCGAGGGAGAGCGCCCGUUCCUGAAGGCAGCCGCCGAGGAGCUGGAGACCGAGGUCGGACCGGAGAGAAGCUGCAGGGGGUCCCAACGCCUGGCCAUCGGCGGGAGGCCGCCUUUUGAUCAGAGGACGGCGAAAGCUGGAGCGGUCGUGGUGAGGGAGAGAAAGACGUGGGAGGACGCCUUGGAGCACUGCAGGGAGCGUCACCGCGGCCUCGGACACCGAGAUGGCGCUCCUCCAGAGAGAGCCGAGCGGAGACGAGACCACGGCGCACGUCUGGAUCGGUCUGCGGUUCUUCCCCGGAGGCUGGCUGUGGGUGGACGGGCAGCCGCUGGCUCACGAGGCCUGGGGCCCGGAGGGGAAGGCCGAGUGCCCGGAGGUCAAGCCGGGUCGCGGGCGGGACGCGGCGGGGAGCCGGAUCGGAGACGACGACGACGCAUGGUCUUCACGGGUCGGGGGUCGAUGCACACAAUCUGCCGGGUGUCCAAAGUAAAAGGGAGGUGACUGCAGCUGUUAAAGUCCAGAACUGGGAGGCUCACGACUGCGUGGAGAGUCUCCAUUUCAUCUGCUACUGAGAGCUCAACUGGUGAUGUGUAUUUGUCCCGUUGCUGGACUCGCUCAUUGUGACACUGGGACUGCAGUAGUAGCAGUUUGUUUGCUCUUUUGGGUGGGAACGUGUGUUUUUGGGGUGUAUUCUAUCAUUUAGUUUCCAUGUUAAAAACCGUGUGUAACCAUAUUAAUGGUUGGAUGAAAACAAAAUGUAAAGUUAAAAUCAAAUUACAAAUAUAAAAACAU